AUGAAAAAAAGAGUCAAGAAAUACCGGCCGACGAAGAAACUGAAAGGCAUAUUCCACCAACUUUUACUAUCUCCGGAUAUUUUGAGAGAUUAUCCAAAAUAUCUAGAACAUAAUAAAGAACUAUUCCAUUUACUGGUUGACUAUCAGGAUUAUAAUCGCCAAAAGUUAGCAAAACACGCAUCACAAACUUACGACGAGAUACUAUAUUACGACGAUCUGUAUGGAGUCAAAGCUACAGCAAUUAUUCACCACAUCGACAAUUUCCCGACGCUACACAAAUUACAGUGCAAUCGAUUUCUACCUUACAUCAAAGGUGUGUACGAGCCAGGUGGAUGUGUCAUUUGUAUCAGUGAAUUCGAUGAAGAAACAAUUGUCUACGAGCUAAACUGCCGACAUUCCUUUCAUAUACCUUGCAUAAGAAAUUGGUUUAACGUUCAAAAUAAUUGCCCCUGUUGCAGAAACAAGGUUUCUGGCUGCUUGCAAUUUUUUUACUCAUAUAAAACUGAACAACUCGAAAAUGGGGAUUUGAUUUACAGAGUUGAAAUAAUCUCCGAUCAUGACAAACAUUAA